UGUUUUAAUUAAUUGAAAAAUUAAUUAAGUUGACAUUUAUACUAUUCACCAAGCUGCUUCCAAGAUGUUUAUGCCCAAGAGGGUUGUAAUAUCAAAUAAUUUAUGGGUUACUACUGAACUUGCCGAACUUUACGAACAAGAUGAGUACGAGAAGGUUUAUGUACGGGAACUGGUACUACAUCUACUAUUUUUGAUUAUAACUACAACAAUGGUGGCGGGUUCCGCAAGUCCAUCAAAUUACUAUCACCAUAUGUAUUUUCAAAACUUUUUUACCGAAUCCCCGUUUAAUAGUAGUACUGGGGUUAACAUGACUUUCCAUGAUAUAUUUUUGAUUGGAGACGUUUGGGCGUACUUAGAUCAGGUGAUGUUGAACUCUUUUUACUGGGACAAAUGGUAUGAGAAUUUAGAGCCAGAAUCGAACCGUCCAAAAGUCCCGAAGACAAAAAUAUACGACAAUAUUUUGUUGGGCGUGCCACGUUUGAGACAGCUGAGAGUUGGUAAUCGUACAUGCGAUUCAAAUGCUAUUCUAGAACGCAUAACAAAGUGGUGCUAUGGUUCUUUCUCAUCUGGAAACGAAGACCGUACCGUUUCGGAGAAAAAUAGGAGAAAGGUCUACUCCAGCUCAACCGGUGGUCUGUCAUAUUAUGGUUCAGUGUCAAGUUAUCACACUGGAGGGUUUAUAAUAAAAUUACUAUCAGGAAAUUCAAAGAAUUACACGCACAUUAUUUUGCAAGAUUUGAGAAAGGACCUAUGGAUCGAUAGAGGGACUAGGGCUCUAUUCCUCGAGUUUACCGUUUAUAAUGCGAAUGUGAAUUUAUUUUGUAUUGCAAAAGUUGUAUUUGAAAUGGCACCAACUGGUGGAGUUAUACCAUCUACCAUGUUCCGUUCGGUAAAGUUAAUACACUUUCUUCGACUUAUGGAUUUUGUAGUUGCGACAUGCCAAGUUCUAGUCGCUGUAUAUUUAGGUUUUCUUGGUUUCUUGACAAGCAAGGAAUAUAAACUCAUGGAGAAUAAAUAUUUCCUUAAUCCCUGGAGUUAUAUAAACCUAUUCAUGAUAUUGACUGCGCUUGGUAUGUAUAGUAGUGCACUAGCAAGAAUGCUUUUGUUUAAUUUCGCUUCCAAAAAACUACAUUCUACUGACAACUACGUUAAUUUGGAAUCAGCCAGCCUGGCUCAAGUGAUCCAAGAUGGCUUUGCAGGAGGACUUAUAUUCUUUGUGUACAUGAAACUUUUUAAAUAUCUUAGAGUUAGUAAAAUAAUGGGACAACUGAAUCUCACCUUCACUAAGUGUCUACCAGAAAUUAUUUCAUUUGGGCUAAUUUUUGCAAUAAUUUUUGCUGCGUUUGGAAUAUUUGCACAUUUGGCAUUUGGUAACAAAAUUGCCGAGUACCACAAUGUUGGAGUUUCAAUGUUCACAUUAAUGCGUACUGUGUUAGGAGAUUUCGACUAUGCACAACUACAGGCCGCCAAUCAGUAUGUCGCUCCAGUUUUCUAUCUUGUUUACGUGUUUGUGAUUAUUAUCAUUAUUCUGAACAUGUUUUUGGCACUUAUUAACGAUACGUACGCUGAUGUCAACACGCAAACUCUGUAUGCUUCAAAACGUAUAACUGAUUAUGAAGCUCCCAAAAUAACGUGUUCCAUUGCACAAAUAAUGAAACAUAUUCUCCGCAUUUGCAAGCGCUGCAGGAAAAAGGCUAGUAAAGAACCUGUUAAAGAAAUUUCAGCCAGAGGUGCUUAUGAGAAAACCACCGAAGAAUUGCGCUACGCUUUGUUACGAUGCGGAUUUAAGCUUGUGGAGACUGAUAUGUUUUUUGAGCGUUUCAAUGUUGAUCCAACAUCAUCAAUUGGACAAUUCGAUGCAACUAAACUAAUGGCAGAUUUGAAAGGAAAACCGUAUGAUCUGAGCAGGGAUAAGGCAGUUAAAGCCGCAAUAAUUGGCGUUGAGGACAUUGAAAGGUAUGAGGCAAUUACUUACAUUUUCUUCCCAACUAAAGUUCCUUUUACACUGAAUUUGCGCAGGAAGCGUCAUAAUUUGCACAAACUUUUAAAUUGUUUUAAAGAAAUUACUAAAUCUAAACCCCCCAGAUACGUACUUCGGUUCGGUCCAAAUUCUGGUCCCAUCUGCGAAACAACUAACGGAGCUUUGAACAAUUUUUAUGUGUUGGACAUUUAUGGUGGGUUUAUACUAGGGAUUUUCGAUUCCGAUUUCGGUUCCGACAAAUUUUAA